AUGGACUUCAUACAAAAGUCUAGCUUUAUAGUGCAGUGCUCCGACACAGGUGAUGUAAUAGUUCACAGCAGAUUGGAAAGCGAUAAUCCAUUAUCAUUUAAUAUUGACGGUGGAAUUCACGUGAUGCAUCUUGAACCUGAAGUGCAGUCGUGUAUUGGUGUCGGCGGUAAGGAGUAUGACCUGAAUUUGUGGUCAUUAGAGACCCAGCAAGUUCUGUUUAAAGCCAAAAAUGAAACACAUGACAAGCUAGACAUUCGUGUACCCGUUUGGAUCAAUUUUUAUUUUCUGCGAAGACCAGUACAACAGCUUAAUAAUUUUGGAGAAAAUCCGAUUCAAUCGCUUUGCAUAUCACCAGAUGAGACUCAAGUUUACAUCGGAGAUACAGCAGGAAACCUGGACAUUUUGGACUUACGUACUUUGAAGCAUAUGAGCCGAUGCACAGGACCAGUCAGAUCCAUUCGGGACGCUACGUGCCACCCAACGCUCCCAUACAUUGCAGCAGUUGGUCUUGAUCUACUGUUUUGUGCGGACGGUCUUAAAAACCUUCCUGAGGGUGAUGAGCCGUCAAAGAAGAGACUUAAGUCAGGUGACGAUGAUUUGUCACUUGAUGAUGAUGAUGACGAUGAUUUGGAAGAGGAAGCGUAUGAAGGUUUGGAGAAUAGUGAUGAUGAAGAUGACAACGCGAAUAGCAGUUAG